AAUGGCACACGACGAAGCUGCUGUCAAACUGUUGGGCCAAUCGAAUUGUGGCUGCUUUGUUACCAUUGGUAAAACAAUCUGCUCAAUCAGAGUCCAGAGAAUUCCGACCUCCUUACGAUUGGAGCGUGCUCCACGCGUAGUGUCCAGUGCAGUCAGUGCGUUCGGUGCGUAAUUAGGGUGAUUGUUUUAACGGAAGUGAAGCAGUUCGAGAGUGAUUUGAAUUUAUUUCUGGUGACGCAUCAAGCGAUAACCGGUGCUUGCUUUGAAAAGCUGAAAUUUUUGUGGUGAAGAUUGUGAAAUUACGCGCAGUUGGCGACAUUCGCAGAAGAUGACCGAUCAAAGCGCGGGAGAUAAAUCAUCUGAAGCCCAUCGUGCUAUCGAUGACUUUUGGCCACAAGUGAUGGAAGACGUAAAACGGAUAAAACAUGUCGAACCGGGCAACCAGGUACUCCCGCUGGCACGUAUCAAAAAGAUCAUGAAGCUAGACGAAGACGUCAAAAUGAUCUCCGCCGAAGCUCCGCUCCUGUUCGCCAAAGCAGCCGAAAUGUUCAUCCAGGAAUUGACUCUGCGGGCGUGGUUACAUACCGAAGACAACAAACGGCGCACCUUGCAACGCAGUGACAUCGCUAUGGCCAUUGCCAAGUACGACCAGUUCGAUUUCCUGAUCGACAUUGUUCCACGGGAGGAUAUCAAACCAGUGCGGAGGGACUACGAGACGAAGCCGUCGACGGAUGAUGUUCAAUACUAUCUACAGCUGGCACAGCAACAUCAACAAGCACUGCAAAGCAGUAGUGGGUCUGCGGCGAACAGCGCUGGGCCUAGCACUAGUGGGACCAACAUUGUACAGGUUCAAGCGGCUCCAGCUGUUGUUUCGCAGCAGAUUGCACAGCCUGUUGUACAAGCACCACCGAUUGCCACAAUUGCAACACCUACGCCAAAUAUAAUCAUCACAAAUCCAACGUCAGGGACAGCUACCAUGCAAACGACGACGGCUAAUGCAAUGGCACCAACGCAAAUGGCUACCACAGGACAACCAUUCCAACUGGUGCAACAGGUUCUGACCCCGAGUGGAGAAGUGACACACAUCCCUAUUCCCCUGACGCAAACCCAGCUCAAUUUCAUCCGCUCCCAAAUGCAGCUACAGAGUGCCACAAACGUUGCUACGACAGCCCCUACUGUUGCUCAGCAGCCCAUUAUCAUCCAAGCCCCGCAGAUGCAGACCACACCCACCAUCAUUCAAGCUGCACCGGCUGGGGUAUUUCUGAAUGCUGCUCAGUUGCAGCAGCUUCAACAGCAACAACAUCAGCAACAGCACCCCCAGCAGACGCACAUAAUUCAACAGCCAACAGUGAUGCAUCAACAGCAACAUCCUCAUCACCAUCAACAGCAACACCAAGUGCAUAUACAACAGCUCCAACAACAGCAACACCACCACCAGCAGCAUCAGCCACCUCCAAACGAGUGAUAAAGAUGGGAUCUAUUAGAAAGCGUGGUGCGUGAACCCGGAACUCCGUUUGACGAUUGAAUCUUCAAGCUUCGCUGUACAAACAACCCUCGAUGUAAGUAAAACAGUUGUUCUUCUGUUAUCAAUGUAAAUAACUUUUAUACCAUAAACGUGCGCUCGAAGGCCAUACAAAACUAUUCGCAAUAAGAUGAUCGCACGAUUACUACAAAUGA